UCCAUAAAAACUCCGGGAUGGGAUUCCCAGAGCUGCUUCCCAGCAGGAGGAGGAGAGCCAGCUCCAACAUGAGGGCAGCUCUGGCCCUGCUGCCUCUCUUGGCCGCUGCACAGGCGUUACACCGAGGGAAAGCUUAUGUCCGGGAGAAAGUCUGCCAGGAGUACAAGAUGCUGGGAAAGGAGAACUUCCGAACCCUGACCAUCAUUGCCAACAGCCGGAAAUAUUCCAAUGGCACCUUCGAGGAGAUCGGCCACCUCGUCCGGGAAAUCGUCUCCCUGGCCGAGACGUGCUGCACCGAUGGGGCUGACCCCUCCUGCUACGAUGCUGGGUCCACGGCGCUGUCGGCCAAAUCCUGCGGCGCGGACUCGCCCUUCCCGGCGCAUCCCGGCACGGCCGAGUGCUGCACCCACGAGGGGCUGGAGCGGAAGCUGUGCCUGGCCGCCCUGCGGCACCCGCCCCAGCCGCUGCCCCGCUACCUGCAGCCCUCCGACAGGGAGCUCUGCCAGGCCUUCCAGCGGGACCCCCGGGAGUUUGCCGACCGGUUUCUGUACGAGUACGCCAGCAGCUACAGCCAGGCUCCCCUGCCUGUGCUCCUGAGCUCCACCACGACCUUCCUCUCCAUGGUCUCCACCUGCUGCAUCUCCCCUGCACCCACUGCCUGCUUCCUGAAGGAGAAACUGGAGAGGAAAACCCUCUCCCUCCUCACCCUGACAUCAAACAGGAUUUGCUCCCGCUUCUCGGCAUAUGGGAAGGACAAAGUCAGCUUCAGCUACCUGGCCUCGCUGGCUCAGAAGGUUCCCACUGCUUCCUUCGAGGACCUUCUCCCCCUGGCCGAAGACGCUGCCGAGGUGUCUUCCCAGUGCUGCGACUCGCUGGCCGAGGACUGCAUGCAGAAGAAGCUCUUGGAGCACACGGCCAAAGUCUGCACCACGCUGUCGGCUCGGGACGGGCGCUUCGCCGACUGCUGCAAGGGCAAAAACCUGAUGGAAAACCAUUUCUGUAUCCUGGCCAUGCUCCCAGCGCCGGCUCCCAAGCUGCCAGAGGCACCAGAGCCCACCAACAAGGAGCUGUGUGCCAAGGAGGGGGCUCUCCAUGCCACCAGGUUCCUGUUUGAGCUGGCACGGAGGCACCCCAGCCUCCCUGACGCCGUCCUCGCCAAGCUCUACGACUCCUCCGAGAAACUUCGGGGGGAAUGCUGCUCCUCCAAGGACCCCUCUGCCUGUUUGGACAGCAAGCGCAAGCGGAUAGAAGAGGAGCUGCUCCCCUUCCUGGAAAGGGCCAACCAGCUCUGCGGGCAGUACAGCAAGCUGCCUUUCCUCGAGUUCAAGAAGAGGCUGCGGGACAGCCUGACCCGGGCCCGGCCCGAGGCCAGCCCGGCGCAGCUGGAGCAGCUCCUGGAGCAGCGAGCCUCCUUCGCCUCCAGCUGCUGCCUGCCGGACGCUCCCCCGCUCCUCUGCGCUCCCCAGGUGAGCUGGGAGCUGGCAGAGCUGUGCAAGGAGGAGUCCUGCCUGCUGGGAUAGCGGCCCGGCUUCUCCAGGCGCGCACGGAUGGAGGGGGGACCACGAGGAGGAGCUCCGCGAUGGCGCAGUAUUGGGAUGGGAGCGUCGGGAUGCUGGGCAGCAGGAGGUCGCCGAGCCCACGCCUUGUAUUCCUGCAGCCGAAAUAAAGACAAGCAGAGCGCCCUGCA